AUGAAUACUUCAUCUUUUUCUCUUUUCAUCAUUCUGUUUCUCCAUCUUUUACUCUUGCCUCUCCACAUUGCUUCUGCUAAUAAUGCCAGUUAUCUUCCCUUGGAAAACAUUGCCCUCAACUGUGGCACUAGCUCAUCAGAACGAGUGUCCUAUAAUGGGAGGAACUGGACUGGUGAUGCAGGUUCAGAGUACGUAUCCUCUAAUGCAGAAGCCAAGUCCCUGGUAGCCAAAGCCUCUAUGAUUAAUGAAUCUGUUCCUGAUGUUCCAUAUAUGACUGCUCGAGUAUUUUACUCUCAAUUUACCUACAGAUUCAAUGUGACUCCAGGUCCCAAAUUUGUCCGCCUUCACUUCUGCCCAACUUCUUACUUGGGUACUCUGGAUGUCUACAAAGGUUUUAUAUCAGUCACUGCUGGUAAUUUCACUCUUCUGCAUAACUUGAGUGUUUCGCUCACUACCGAUUACAUCAACAAACCAUAUCUGAUGAAAGAGUUCAUCAUCCAUGUGAGUGGAAGAACCUUGGAACUGACUUUCACUCCAUCAUCCAGUGCUUCGGAUGUCUAUGCGUUCGUCAGUGGAAUCGAAGUUGUUUCCAUGCCAUCCAAUCUCUAUAUUCAGGGUGAUAAUGCCCAUAUUCCUUUAGUUGGUCAUUAUCCUGUGCUAUAUUACAUUCAUAAUGAUUCUGCCUUGGAAACCGUAUAUAGAAUCAAUGCAGGAGGGGAUGAGAUUCCAGCCAAAUAUGAUACGGGGAUGUUUCGCGCUUGGACCAGUGAUGAUGACUACUUGUAUUUACCUUUAGCCGCUGUAGAACCCAAUGAUAUGGUCUCGCCAAUUCUAUAUCCAGAAACUGCUCCAGCGUAUGUUGCACCAGAACUUGUCUAUCGCACAGCCCGAGCAAUGACGCCCUUUUCAGAUGAACGUCUUAAUUUAAACUAUAAUCUGUCCUGGUUCUUCCCCAUUGAUUCUGGUUUCAGUUAUCUCAUUAGGCUCCACUUCUGUAAUAUUUACCGAGACAUAACUUUGGUGAAUCAGAUAGCUUUUACUAUAUAUUUAAAUAAUCAAACAGCUGAGGAUCAAUUCGAUGUAACUGCCGAGAGUGGUGGUCCUGGAAUUCCCGUGUACCUAGACUACGUAGUGCAGGUUCCUGAAACUAGCAACGGAAAGCAGGAUAUUUGGAUAGACCUUUAUCCAGAUCUGCAGAGCAAACCCCAGCACUAUACUGCUUUCUUGAAUGGUGUAGAGAUCGUCAAACUUAGCGAUUUGGAUGGAAAUCUUGCAGGAGUCAACCCUAACAGCAGCAAGUCCGAGUCGGUUGCGCCAGUGCCCCAUGUUGCAGUAUCAAAAAAGCCGAAGAGAUUGGAAUUCAUCAUCAUGGGAUGUGGACUAAGUGUUGGGGCACUAGGAGUAUCGAUUCUCUUUUUCCUGAUUGUUUACGUGUCGAAAUUAGUUGAGCAAAGGAAGAUUUCAUGGCGUAAUCUCCUGAUCUCUAUUCCUAAUCAAGUUAGAAAAGCUCACAAAUCAUCUUUUCGCCGUCAUUUCCCCAUGGAUGAGAUAAGAGUGGCGACAAAUAACUUUGAUGAGGCUCUGAUGAUUGGCAUCGGCGGGUUUGGCAAAGUUUACAAGGCUAGUUUUGAUCAAGGGUCUACCUUUGUAGCCAUAAAGCGGAGCAAUCCAAUGUCAGAGCAAGGUGCUUUAGAAUUUGAGACAGAGAUCCAUGUGCUCUCCCAGCUGCGCCACUACAACCUUGUUUCUCUUUUGGGUCAUUGCCAAGAAGAUGGAGAGAUGAUACUGGCUUAUGAAUAUAUGUCCAAUGGUACUCUGUUUGAUCAUCUUCAUUUGAGAUCGAGGGAAGAACUACCUUUGUCAUGGGUUCAACGUCUUGAGAUAUGCAUUGGAGUUGCAAGGGGUUUACACUACCUCCACACUGGCACAGAACACAUGAUCAUCCACCGAGACAUCAAGACAAGCAACAUACUCCUAGACCAUAAUUGGGUCGCCAAAAUUUCAGACUUUGGCUUGUCAAAGGCAAGCAGCCCAGCAUUAGUCAGCACCAACGUCAAGGGCAGUGCUGGAUACUUAGAUCCAGAGUACUUUCGGCAUCACAAGCUGACCGAGAAAUCUGAUGUGUACUCAUUUGGCGUGGUGUUGUUGGAGGUGAUAAGUGCCAGGCCUGCUGUUAGUCCAGUUGAAGAUGAUGAACAUGGUAACUUGGCAGAUUGGGCUCUGUAUUGCUGGGAGAAUGGCAUUGCAACUCAAUUGGUGGAUCCUGACCUUGAAGGUAAGAUAGCAGCAGAAUCUUUUGAGACAUGCAUUAGGGUGGCCAAGAAAUGCCUGGCCGAGAAAGGGGCGGAGCGCCCCACCAUGAGUGAUGUGUUGCAGAGCCUUAUCCUGGCAUUGCAGCUUCAGAGAAAUGCUAAUAUGGCACCAACCAGAGAUUGCAACAGAACAGAAAAUAGCCAUUCAGAGGGCAACUCAGAUUUGACACCUGGGAUUGAGUUCUCCGAGAUCAUGAUACCCAUUGGAAGAUGA